AUGAAAGGUCUUGUUUCCUGUACGCUUUGCGCUCUCUACCUGGGACUCGACAUGUUUAUUGGGAGGGCAUUUGGAGCAGACUUUAAGAGGCGAGAUGGGAUACACCGGCUGGAAAAGGCGCACGUAACGGCCUUCCAUGACUUGAACCGGAGGGACCCGAUCUGUGCGACCGGAUACUCUGCUUGUGACUCCGGCUUGAACGGAGGAUGUUGCGAGUCGGGCUAUGCUUGCGCGACAGACUCAUGCUACGCGACAACAAGCGCACCACGGACGUGCAGGGGGAUGGUCGGAUACUAUCACUGUGACGGGGUGAUGGGAGGUGGUUGCUGUCCUGAAGGUUAUAUCUGCGAACGAGGCAACAAUUGUGUCGCCGCGUCAGGUGUCGCAUACUCUCAGUCGUGCCCGGCAAGCUACUACCUGUGUCCCGCCAGUUUGAGUUACGGCUGCUGCCGAGAUGGUCUCGGGUGUGCAGUGAGCGCCUGUUACUCGACCGACCCCUCGACAUACACUAUCACAACGACGAUUACGACAACGAAGGAUGUCACUCAAGUCAUCACCACGACCAUGACUGCAACGACUGUCCUCAUACCCUCCAGGCCCACGGUGGCCCCAACAGCUGUGGCGACCAUGGAAGCGGGCGACCCGAAUCAAGUGGUCCUCAAAUUCUACCCGAGCACAGUCCCAAAACAGCAGCCGAUAUCAGGAACAGGAAACAGCGACAACAAAGAAGGCUUGACGACGGGACAAAUUGCAGGAAUUGUAGCUGGUGGUGGGGGUCUGCUCAUCGUCGUCCUGGUCGCAGCUUGGAUCAUCAUCCGUCACCUCAACAAGGUCGUCCAGGCAGUUGAAACCAGCAACAAGGGCACCUCGUCGGGCGGGAAGUCGCGGCCUUCGAUGUACCAGUUCAAGCCUACACCGUCCGAGGUGGACGAUAUGAGUGUCGAUCCGCUUAUGAUGUCUCCUCGACCGUCACACCGGAGGCAUGAUUCCGAUACCACCGCCGACUUCACGCCGCCGUAUCGGGGCACACCGGGUUCCGCCGGCGACUACCAACCCGUGCCGCAGGGUACAGGCACAGACCGACACGCCAGCUACGACUCGGCUUACGCUGGAAGCUACUUUGACGUCCCGGACCAGAGCCACCGCAAUAGUCUGGGGUCGAGUGUGUGGAUUGGGCUGCAUCGGGGAAGCACAGAUUCCCAAGGCACCUACGCACACCUACGACAUUGGAGCAACGCCAGCGAGGUGAGUAGCGAUCACGGAAGCGGGGGCGCUAGGACACCACUCCAAGAGCUCGACUCGACGCCUUAUGUACCAGAGCUGGCAGCUACACCCGUCCCUGACGCCGCGACCGAGGCACGCCGUCGGUCAGCGGGCAGCCUCUCGGGCAUGAGCCGGCCGCCGGCCGUGCACCAGCGUCGUAGGAGCAGUGACGGCGGCCAUGGCAGGGCGAGAAGCGACAGCUCGGCUGCUGUUGGACUGAGUGUCGUGAGCGAAGACACGGAGCUGAUUGGGCAUUAUGGUCCGUCGGAUCGGGCGACGGGCCAGACGUCGACCAGGAAGGAGGGGCAUUGA